AAUCUGUCAAUAUUUUUAUUAACAAAAGUACACUUCAACAAGAUCUGCUUAUAAUAAUUUUACUGCAUACCUGCUUGCAAGAUUUUUUACACAAGUUUGUAGACUUGCAAAUCAGUAGCUACAAAGUGUUUGAGGAGAAUUCACCAUGUCAAAAGUAACUGAUAGAGAUGUAGAAAAUUAACACAAGAAAUAGUAACGAAGCAACCAUGUUGAACCGAUUCAAGUACAAAAAGGGGAGUGACAACUAUGAGGAUAUAUCUGGUGAGGAUAAGAUGGACAUGGAUUUAACCGAUCCCGCCAUGAGAAGGGCCGCAGGGAUAGAGGAUGGGACAGGAGGUACUGAUAGCUAUACAAGCUUGAAGGAGUUGCGCCAUAAUCUGAGCCCAGUGGAAGAAGGGGAACCUUCAACAGAUUCAUCUGAAGAUACUUACACAAUACAGCAAGCAAUAGAUAAUAUAGGGUUUGGAAAAUUUCAAGUCAAGUUAUCCAUUCUAACAGGUUUUGCAUGGAUGGCUGAUGCUAUGGAAAUGAUGAUUUUAGCCAUUUUAUCUCCUGCCUUGCAUUGUGAAUGGCAAUUAAAAGGCUGGCAACAAGCUCUUAUAACAACUGUAGUAUUUGCUGGUAUGAUGUGUAGCUCUAGUUUAUGGGGAAGUAUAUCUGACAAAUAUGGUAGAAAAGCGGAGUUGAUAUUAUGUUCCGUGUUUACCUGCUACUUUGGAAUACUGAGUGCAUUUUCUCCGAACUUUGCCUGGUUGUUGAUUCUAAGGGGACUGGUGGGUUUUGGUAUAGGUGGCGCUCCUCAAUCAGUAACAUUGUACGCAGAGUUUCUACCAUCAGCAUCAAGAGCAACCUGUGUAGUUUUAAUAGAGGUAUUUUGGGCUAUAGGAGCUUGUUUUGAAGUAUUAUUAGCCUUAGCUGUGAUGCCUACUCUAGGAUGGAAAUAUUUACUAGGAUUUUCAGCUAUGCCUCUACUGCUAUUUACAAUCUGUUGUUAUUGGUUGCCAGAAAGUGCUCGUUAUGAUAUAACACGAGGUCACACAGAGAAAGCUCUAGCAACUUUACAGAGAAUUGCUAAAGAAAAUAACAAACCAAUGCCGUUAGGAAGACUUGUCGAGUCAAGUUCUAAGGCUACCAACAGAGGAAGUAUAAAGGAUUUGUUCGCCUUAGAGUAUAGAAAAACCACUUUAAUGUUGUGGGUUAUAUGGUUAGUGUCUGCAUUUUCCUAUUAUGGUAUUGUUUUAAUGACCACACAGCUAUUUGAGAUAUCAGACGGUUGCCAUGGUUCUACAAAAGAAGUGGAGGAGGCUUGUUAUGUGGAAUGUAAAGGUCUGACAACAUCUGAUUAUAUAGAUUUGACAUGGACAACUUUUGCAGAGUUUCCUGGAUUGUUUGUGACUGUGUUUAUUAUAGAAAGACUGGGAAGAAAGUUUACGAUGGCAUUUGAAUUUUUUGUAUUCACUAUUUUUGUGUUGUUAUCAAAUAUAUGUACAUCUAGGCCUGUAUUAACAUUUUUCCUGUUUGUAGCCAGAGCAUUUAUAUCUGGAGCUUUCCAAGCUGCCUAUGUUUAUACUCCAGAGGUUUAUCCUACAUCAAUGAGAGCUAUAGGCUUAGGAUCUUGUAGUGGUAUGGCCAGGGUAGGGGCAAUAGUUACACCAUUUGUGGCACAGGUGUUGUUAAAAGAAUCCUCAUAUUUAGCAAUAUCAACGUACGGUGUAAUAUCUUUAUUAGCGACUGUUGUAGCAAUCUUACUGCCUAUAGAAACAAAGGGAAGAGAAAUGAAGGAUACACAACAAGAGAUGACUGUAGUACAUUAACAACACAAUGACUUUAUGUCUCAGUUUAAGGAUGUUCGCUACUCUGUUUCAAAAUAACAAGCUUUUUAAAAAAACUGCUAUAAAUUGAAAGUAUAUAAAUGAAGGAACUAAAAAAUCAGAAAAAAAUGAAGGGUUCGUUUGCCUGUUUUCGAGAUAUAAGCCAUUGAAAAUUUGGCGGGAAAUGAUUCUCUCUAGAUUUUUCAUACACUUAACAUUGGCACCUUUAUUCUUUCAAAAACAAUGAAAAAAUAACAAGGAUUUUAUAAGAAUUUCAAAUAUGACUUUUUAAACUAUAUGUAACAAAAUUAUGAAAAGAAAAGUAGGGGUUAGCGGGCAAAAUUUUUAUUUCACUACAUGGAUAAAACCAGAGGAUUCCGAAUAUCUGGCAAACUAUCAAAACCAUGAGGAGCCAUCAUCCUUAACUUUAGAUUUGCUAAUUCACCACAUUCAAAUCAAAUGCAUUCUGGGUAUUUUUUUCAAAAGAGUACACCAAAACAUUGUGAUGAGGUAAACAAUUAAAGUUCAACCAAUAGCAUAACAAUAUUAUCAUUUGGGGUAGGAACAAUAAAAUUACUCUAAUGCAUUCUGGGUAGUACUUUCAAAAGCGUUCCCUAUUUUAGGCUUCAUAAGCAAUAAAAGGUCAACCAAUAGUGUAACAGUAUUAUCAUUUAGGUGUAGGAACAUUAAAUUACAUAUAUUCCAUUAGAUUAUUAAGUGACAAAAUAUUGUUCUUAACAUGUCUGUUGUUGAGACUAAUGAUAAUUAUAAUUAUACAUGACAUUAAAACAUUCCUACAUGAUUUUGAAGUGGGGUCAGGGUUUCAGUUUAAUGUUAGCUUUAUUAAUCCAUGAUAAGGAUAUCAAGAUCCAGGGAUCACCACAGGCUAUUUAAGGGUGGAGCUCCUCCGUCCUUAAAUCUCCAGCACAACUCUUGAAUUUCUCAGCACCACCCUUGAAUUUUUGAAAAAUGUGAUGAAAAGGUAAAUUUCUUGACAAUUUUUACUUCAAAAGUAUAAAUUCAUGCCUUAAUUACAAUUUUUUUUACAUAAUGUACAAUGGCUUUAAUUUGUUUAUCUUUUUCCUAAAUAACAGAUUAUGAUCUACAAUAAAGAUCUUGUGUGAUUGUAAUUUCAAUAUAAUUUUUUGUUGUGAACACCACCCUUAAAAUAAAUUCUGUGGUGAUCCCUGAGAUCAUAAGACUUUGUGGUAAAGGUAGGGGACUAUCUUGACUUUUGACAUUGUAAGUCUCUUGGCCUUUGACAUUGUAAGUCUCUUGAUGGGCUUUUUUUAAAAUGAAGAUGACUGUUAUGAGAUUUGAAUUAUUCUUUAAAAGAUAAUAAAUAUAUAACCACUGUUUUGAUUAUAAACUGGAUACCAUGACAUGGUCCAGUUAAAUUAUAGAUAGUCUUUAGAACUUAUAAUCUGUUGAUAAGUGUGUCAAGGUAAUAUACAAGUGCAAUAUAUUUUGUAAAUAUAUAUAUAUAUGUGUCUCACUGUAACUUUUGCAUGUUUUUGGACCAAUCUUACUUUUUUGUCAUCUAUGUAAAACAAGGUUUAUUUUUUUACUAUUUAUUUUUAGAUAAAGCGCAUACUUCCUGGUAUUUUCAACAGAUACCGGCACUAAGGAAAGUGGAUAGGAAAUAGGGAUUUUUCCAUUUAAGUUUCAAACCACCAUUCCAAAAUUCUUGAUAAGAAGUAUAAAGGAGUAAUUUCGAUAAGGGCCAUAUUUGGCCCCGAUUAUUAAGUUCAAUGUUUUAGGAUAAAAAUGGUUUUAGUUGAUAAAAAUGCAUGUAAGAAGGUUAAAUAGAAUUAUUUAUGUCAAAGUUUUAUUUUGAAACGUUGAUUUUUACAUCACAAAUAGGUGAUAUAUAUCAAAAUAGAGAUUUCUGGGAAAUUUGACAAAAUCGUACUGAUUUCAACCAAAUUAAGGCAUAGGAAACAUAGAGCGUAGGCGUCGACCAACUAAAAAGAUUUUUUUUGUCGACGCCUGCGCUCUAUGUUUCCUGUCUAAAAAAUCAAUGAAAAUCUAUCCGUUUUCAUUGAAUUUUCGUGGAAAAUCAAAAUGAGUGCUUCUGUGAAGUCAUGAAUAGAACACAAGGACAUAAAUUUUCAACAAAAAGAAACAGUUUCUAUCUAGUCAUAGUAUUAGCUAUGAUUCAUUGAGAUGUUGGUCAAUUGAUUUUAAUUUUAAGUUUUAGCUAGAAAAAGGGGCCACUUUAGGGGCUUAUCUAGCCUUCUCCUUUAUUAGCUCACCUGACCUGAAAGGUCAAGUGAGCUUUUCUCAUCACUUGGCGUCCGUCGUCCUGCGUCCGUCGUCCGUAAACUUUUACAAAAAUCUUCUCCUCUGAAACUACUGGGCCAAAUGCACCCAAACUUAAACACAAUCAUCAUUCAAGUAUCUAGUUUAAAAAAUGUGUCCGAUGACCCUGCCAACCUACCAAGAUGGCCGCCGUGGCUAAAAAUAGAACAUAGGGGUAAAAUGUAGAUUUUGGCCUAUAUCUCUGAAACCAAAGCCUUUAGAGCAAAUCUGACAUGAGUAAAAUUGUUUAUCAGGUCAAGAUCUAUCUGCCCUGAAAUUUUCAGAUGAAUCUGACAAUCGGUUGUUGGGUUGCUGCCCCUGAAUUGGUAAUUUUAAGGAAAUUUUGCCGUUUUUGGUUAUUAUCUUGAAUAUUAUUAUAGAUAGAGAUAAACUGUAAACAGCAAUAAUGUUCAGCAAAGUAAAAUCUACAAAUAAGUCAACUUGACCAAAAUGGUCAGUUGACCCCUUAAGGAGUUAUUGCCCUUUAUAGUCAAUUUUUAACCAUUUUUCGUAAAUUUUUGUAAUCUUUUACAAAAUCUUCUCCUCUGAAACUACUAGGACAAAUUUAACCAAACUUGUCCACAAUCAUCAUUACGGUAUCUUGUUUAAAAAAUGUGUCCGAUGACCCCACCCACGAAGCAAGAUGGCCGACAUGGCUUAAAAAUAGUACAUAGGGAAAAGGGCAGUUUUUGGCUCAUAUCUCUGAAACCAAAGCCUUUAGAGCAAAUCUGUCAGAUUAAAAUUGUUCAUUAGGUCAAGAUCUAUCUGCCUUGAAAUUUUCAGACCAAUCAGGCAACACGUUGUUGGGUUGCUGCCCCUGAAUUGGUAAUUUUAAGAAAAUUUUGCAGUUUUUGGUUAUUAUCUUGAAUAUUAUUAUAGAUAGAGAUAAACUGUAAACAGCAAUAAUGUACAGCAAAGUAAGAUCUACAAAUAAGUCAACAUGGCCAAAAUUAUCAAUUGACCCCUUAAUGAGUUAUUGCCCUUUAUAGUCAAUUUUUUACAAUUUUCAUAAAUUUUGUAAAUUUUUGUAAAUUUUUACAAAAUAUUUUCCACUGUAACUACUUGGCCAAGUUCAUUAUUAGAUAGAGAUAAUUGUAAGCAGCAAGAAUGUUCAGUAAAGUAAGAUCUACAAGCACAUCACCAUCACCAAAACACAAUUUUGUCAUGAAUCUAUCUGUGUCCUUUGUUUAAUAUGCGCAUAGACCAAGGUGAGCGACACAGGCUCUUUAGAGCCUCUAGUUGACAUUUUGAUAUCCAAAUUUUACAAGAUAAUUUUCCAAAGUUACAUCAGAAUAAAUUUAAACUGCAGAAAAUUGCUCUAUUGUUACAUAUCUAUAUAUCAACUUUCCAUGUGGCUGAGCUGAUUUUUGCAAUACCAGUGUAUGUAUGAGAAAUUUGUAGUGUUGUCUAUUGACAUACAUUUUGUAUAUGAAAAUGAUUUAUUCAUGAAAGUAUGAUAUGCCAAAAUGAUUUCUGUAGAAUAUUAUGCAUUCCAAGUAACAUAUCUUAUCAACUUUGAGUUGUGUUUUUAGUAUUAUAUAGUAUAUUUAUUUUCUACACUUUUUUAUUGUUAUUAUUUAAUAACAUUCCAUGAUUAUUUAUUAACUUUUUGCAUUAUUUUACAUACAAUAUUCUCAUUAUGUAGUAACCUUACAAGGUUAAGGUCAAGUAAUAGUAAAUUGGGAAUUGUAUAGAUUUUACAUGCAACUUGUGGGUGGAGACGUUAAGCUGAAAGCUUUUUUUUCAAGGUGAAAUAAAGAGUUCUUCUGUAUGACAUUAUAUUUUGGGGGACUUCACAUUAGUGUCUCCUUAAAGGUAGUUUUGUUUAUGAGGAUAUUUGUUUAAAACUAUUCUACCCAAAGAACAUGACAAAAAAUUUACCCUCUCCCAACAUGAAAAACUUGAAGUCAGGCCAUUUGUAUAUCCAUGUAGGCACUUUCAGGGAAUCAAAACUGAUUUUUACCUAGUCUUUUGAAAAAUAUUUCAUUCCAGUGUACAUUCACCUGCUCCAGAAAGAGGUACAGUAGUUACAAUUUUUCUGUACUAAAAACACGAAGUUUUUCAGAGUUGUCUACCCUUAUACCAAGUAUAUCUUUUCUAAUUUUUAAAAUCAUUCUUAUCAUUCAUCAUGUUAUAAUUGAAAGCAAAAUAGCUUAUAAAAAUCAUCUUUAAAGAUCAAUAACUUCUAUAAGGAGUCAACUGAUAAUUUUAGCCAUUUGACUUACAUGUAGAUCUUGUCUUGCUGAUCAUUUUUGCUAAUUUAAGUUUCUAUAUGUCUAUUCAAAUAUUUAAGAUAUAAGAAAAAAAGAAAAAAAACAUUGUUAAAAAUUGUCAUUAAAGGGCAAUAACUCCAAUGAGGAGAUGUCUGACAAUUUCCUUCACAUUGGCUUAUAAGUUAAUCUUAUCUUGUUGAUUAUUAUUGCAUAUUAAAGUUUCUAUCUAAUAUAAUUUUUAGGAUAAAAGGCAGAAUGCAAAUAAAUAGGUAAAUAAUUAAAGGGCAAUAACUCAAAUAAGGAGUCAUUGGAAGAUUUCCUCCAUAUUAAUUCAAAUGUAGGUCUUGUCUUGCUGAUCAUUUUAGCUUAUUUAAGUUUCUAUCCAUUUAUUAUAAUUUUUGAUAUAUUAGUCAAAAAUGCAAACAAAUGGUAAAAAUCUUCUCAAAGAGCAAAACUUCAAUAAGGAGUCAUCUGACGGUAUCAGCAAUGUUGACUAAAUUGUAGAUCUUGUCUUGCUGAUCAUUUUUACUUUUAAAGUAUCUAUCUAUUAUAACUUUUGAGAUAACAGGCAAAAAUUUUUAAAAAUUGGUAAAAUAUGGUGCUUAUGAGCAAGAACAGUUUCUGAAAUAAUUUUCAACAUUUUUACAUAUGUCUUGAAUUGGUUUCACAAAACACUUAUGACUAAGAUUUGUCGUAAGUUACAAACAAUUCAGUAUACUUAUGAUCGAUCUUAGUCGUAAGUUUUUUUGUGAAACCAACUCCAGCUUUUCUUUAUCUUUAGCAGUAUUCAAAAUAAUUGACAAAAAUUGCAUUUAACCCCUAUGUUCCAUUUUUAGCCAUGUCCGCCAUGUUUGUUGGCAGGCGUGGUCAUUGGACACAUUUAUAAACUAAAUACUCCAUUGAUGAUUGUGGCCAAGUUUAGUUAAUUUGGCAAAGUAGUUUCAGAGGAGAUGAUCUUUGUAAAAGUAAACGGAAGACGAUGACAGACACCAAGUGAUGGGAAAAGCUCAGGUGAGCAUGAAAUGAGGAGUUGAGAAUCUCGAAGUCUUAGUAAAAAUAUUUGUAUGGAUUUUAUAUAUAUUACUAUUUUCUGUCACUUUGUUAAAUAUAUAUACAUGUCUGUAGAAAUCUACUGGUAGAUUGUUAGUCUGAUUUAUUUUUCAGAAUAAUUAUUUUGUAUAUACAUGUAUAUUUUUUUUUUACUAAUUUUAUAUUUAUGUUGCACAAGAAUCAUUUAAUUAAAUAAAGAUUGUUAAAUGUUA